GUGUAAAACGCAAAACAACCUACUUUAAACAAAAACCGCCGGAAAGAAAUGGAUUUCAAGAGCUCCGAGUUGACUCAGUGGAAAGAAUCUUUAGCAGCAUAUGAAACCAGAAUAGAAUUAAUGGCCAGUAAUACUAGUAAAAAAGAGGAUCUGGUAACUUUAGACAAUUUUUACUGCAAAGAGUUACCAUCCCUCAUAAAAAAACGUGACCCAAAUCCACAUAUAACCACUCCUGAGCUAUCCAAACUCAUGAAAUGGAAACUCACUCGUGGCAAAUGGAGGCCACGUUUGUUGGACUUUGUAUCGUCGUUAGAUGAGGAUACUGUGAUAUCUGCCUCUCAGAAGGCUUUCAAAGCAUUACCCGACGUUUCAAAAGCUAUUUCUGAGCUUACAAUAUUAAAAGGUGUUGGUCCUGCUACUGCUUCUGCUGUUUUAGCUGCAUAUGCGCCUGAUGUUGCACCGUUCAUGUCUGAUGAGGCAAUGGUGGCAGCUCUUGGCAACUCUAGAGAAUAUACAUUGAAACAAUACCUUGUGUUUGUAGACAAGCUUCAAGCGAAAUCUAAGGAAUUAAGUACAGAUGUGGAGGUGUUCACGCCUUCGGAUGUAGAAAAAGCCUUAUGGAGUGCUGCCAUAGGAGACAAGUUUGCAGCUUCACUUAAGGAUGAAAUAAACUCCGGCAAAAAGAAGAGAAAGCGCUGACUAGAACGAUGUACAAGCUGCAAAAAGAAGAGAAGUGAUGACUAUACCUCUGUGCAAGCUGAUAUAGUGAUAUAACUUGUUUUGUAAUCCUCUUGGUAUAUCUUUUAGUUAAAAGUACUAGUUUUAAUCCCUUCAAUGUUAGAUAAGCCAUUUUCUUUUCAUUUGAGACAGGACUUUGCUCCUUUGUAACAAUGUUAUAUAUGCCUUUUUUUCUUUUCAUUUUAAA